AUGAAUCUUCGUUACGGCUUCACCAAAGAGCUAAUGACCAAGUACAAGGAUCAUUCGACUACGAUCACAAAGACGCUCGAGGACUUAUUCUCGUGGUUGCCGAUCGCCACCAUCAUUGACAAAAACAUUUUCGUUGUCCAUGGUGGAAUCUCGGACAAAACAGAUGUGACCCACCUCGACAAAAUCCACAGAAAUAAGAUUACUCCCAUUUCAGUACCAGUCAGUUACUUCGUCCUCCUAUUCGGAGGGGUUCCGAAGAAGAAUUCGGUCAACGUGGACGAAUGGAAGCAAAUGCUGGACGUUUUGUGGAGUGAUCCUAAGCAGAACAAAGACAUGGAUUCAGUCUUCUCGUUCCGGUCACACGAGUGCAAAUUCGAAGGCUACGAGUACACGCACAAUAAAACGGUCCUUACGAUAUUCUCUGCGUCGAAUUACUAUGAACUAGGUAGCAACAGAGGAGCUUAUGUAAAAUUCAUCGGGCGCAACAAGGAACCGCACUUCGUCCAGUACAUGGCGUCAAAAACUCACCGGAAAAGCACGAUGCGCGAGAGGUUGAGCCUGGUUGAAGAGUCAGCUGUGCGAGAGCUCAGGGAAAAGCUUGGCUCCUUCAACAACAAGCUUCAACAGGAAUUUGAACAGUAUGAUCCGUUGCAUAAAGUCGUCAUCUUCAGUCACCAUAUUGGGUGCGAACUGUGGUCCAAAAGGUGA